GUUCCUGAAAAAAAUGUGAGCGCAUGCGCAGAAGUAAGCCUUAGUUAGUAAACACAAGUCAUCUGAUUUAUGGAUGUAAUAAGUGCGUAAAGAAGGGUCAGGGGUCAGAGCUCAGCUUAGGUUUAUGUUUUAGGAUUCUAGAGGAAUUAGAAGUGGCUCGGUUCUGAAAGUGCUCCGGUUCUGGAAGUGAUUCGGUUCUGAGAACGGUGGCUCCUCCGUCCUGGAGGCUCAGGUCAGCUGACUCACAGCCCGUCUGUGCUACCGAACCCCUGCCUCAUCCUGCGGUUCGGUUCUGGUCAGACGGCAGAACCGGCUCCUCUGUGCGGACCCAGACCUCAUCAUCCUCCUCAGCAUGGCCUUCAUCACCGCUAACUGGAACCCUCUAGGAGACGCCUUCUACCGGAAGACGGAACUCUAUGAGAUGUUCUGGAGCCUCCGGGACGGACUGAGGGACAGUCUGGUGGCAGCAGCUCCGUAUGGAGGCCCAAUCGCUCUGCUCAGAGAACCGCUCAGACGUUCCCCCAGCACUCGUCCUCAGCUGGAGAUCUACUCUGCCUCCGGAGUGUCCAUCGCCAGCUUCCCAUGGAAGAGCGGUCCUGUGGUCCAUCUGGGCUGGUCCGUCAAUGACGAGCUGCUGUGUGUUCAGGAGGACGGGACGGUUCUGAUCUAUGACCUGUUUGGGUCCUUCAAGAGACACUUCAGCAUGGGACAGGAAGUGGUCCAGAGUCAGGUGUUGGAGGCCAAGGUGUUCCACUCGCCGUAUGGAACAGGCGUCGCCAUAGUAACGGGUUCGUCCCGCUUCACCUUGGCAACCAACAUUGAGGACCUGAAGCUGCGCCGGCUACCUGAAGUCCCAGGUCUCCAGGGCUGGCCGUCCUGCUGGGCCGUCCUCACUCAGGACAGACAGACCAAAGUCCUGGUGUCCAGUGGACCUGAACUCUAUGUCCUGGACAACACGUCCUGCACGGCUGUGUAUCCUCCAGGUCUCAGUCCUCAGGCUGGCAGCAUCGUCCACAUGUCUGUCUCCUUCAGCUACAAAUACCUGGCUCUGUUCACCGAGACGGGGCGGCUGUGGACCGGCUUGUCCAACUUACAGGAGAGACUGAGUGAGGUGGACACCAAGCAGGCUGCUACGCCCAAACAGAUGGUCUGGUGCCGCAGGCCGAGGUCCCAGCAGCCCUCGGUGGUGUUGAUGUGGGACCGGCUCCUCCUGGUGGUGGGAUCUUGUAAUGACUCCAUCCAGUUCCCCCUGGAGGACCAGUCAGUGCUGGUGGGCGAACUGGACGGGGUUCGGGUCAUUGGCUCCAGCAGCCAGGAGCUGCUGCAGGAGGUUCCUCUGGUUUGCCAGGACAUCUUUAAGAUCGCCUCCAUGGCUCCUGGAGCGCUGCUGCUGGAGGCCCACCGGGAGUACGAGAAGUCCAGUCAGAAGGCGGACGAGUACCUGAGGGAGAUCAAGGAGCAGAACGUCCUGGGAGACGCCGUCCGGCAGUGUGUGGAGGCGGCCGCUCACGAGUAUGACCCCGACACCCAGAAAGCCUUGAUGAGGGCGGCGUCCUUCGGGAAGUGCUUCCUGACGGAGUUCAGCCCGGAUCAGUUCGUGACGACCUGCAGGGAGCUGCGGGUUCUGAACGCCGUCAGAGAGAGCAGCGUGGGGAUGCCGCUCACACACACCCAAUUUAAACAGAUGACCCUUCAGGUCCUGAUAGACAGGCUGGUCUACCGGCAGUUCUACCCUCUGGCCAUCGAGGUCUGUCGAUACUUGAAGAUCCCAGACUACCAGGGAGUCAGUCGAGUCCUGAAGCAUUGGGCCUCCUGCAAGGUGCAGCAGAAGGACUUGACCGACGAGGCCAUAGCCCGAGCCGUCUGCGCCAAGGUGGGAGACUCACCUGGAGUUUCGUAUUCAGACAUCGCAGCUAAAGCAUAUGAAUGUGGACGACCAGAACUCGCCAUCAAGCUGCUGGACUUCGAGGCCCGGUCCGGAGAGCAGGUUCCUCUGCUGCUGAAGAUGAAGAGGAGCCAGCUGGCUCUCAGUAAAGCCGUGGAGAGCGGCGACACCGACCUGGUUUACACAGUGGUGACGUACCUGAAGAAUGACAUGAACAGAGGAGAUUUCUUCAUGACCCUGAGGAACCAGCCGGUGGCGCUCAGCCUCUACAGACAGUUCUGCAAACUGCAGGAGCCUCAGACGCUGAAGGACCUAUUCAACCAGGACGACGACCACCAGGAGCUCGGCAACUUCUACGUGACGUCCAGCUACAGGGACAAGAGGCUGGAGGGCCGGCUGGCGCAGCUGCAGAGCGCCGUGGACGAGUACAACAAGGCCAAGAACGACUUCGCUGCCAAGGCCACGGAGGAGGAAAUGCGUCUCCUUCGUUUCCAAAGGAAGCUGGAUGACGAGAAGGGGGCGGGGCUUCUGGGACUCUCCCUGCAGGCCACCAUGGAGGCUCUGAUGUCGUUGGGUCUCCACAAGCAAGCGGAGCAGCUCUACAGAGACUUCAGAGUGCCUGACAAAAGGUACUGGUGGCUGAAGCUGAAGUCUCUGGCUGAGAAGGAGCAGUGGGAGGAGCUAGAGAAGUUCUCCAAGAGCAAGAAGUCUCCUAUUGGCUACCUGGCCUUCGUGGAUGUGUGCAUGAAGAACAACAACAGGCAUGAAGCCAAGAAGUACGUCAGCAAGGUCACACCUGAGCAGAAGGUCAAAGCUCACCUGGCCGUGGGUGACCUGGAGGGGGCAGCGGACGCAGCCAUUGAGCGCAGGAAUGAGUCUGAAAUGGGGGCGGUCCUCUCCAGAUGCUCCGCCUCCGACCGGCUGCUGAUGGACAAGCUGAACCGGGCCCGGGUCGCCGCCACCAAGAAGUGACCUGAACACGUCCAAGUCGCCGCCCAUUCCUACAGCUAGCAGCGCUAGCACAGUCUGUGAAAUAAAUGCUUCUGUUUCCGACCUGUU